UGUCAUUCUUGAGAAAAUGGCAGAAGCCAAAGAAAUUCCGUCUGAAAAUGUGACUGCUAUCCGUCCAAGCAAAAGGAGGAAGAAUAGGCGUUCCCUCUUCAGUUAUACCAGGACCAAACAUAAUGUGUCUGUUUCUAAAUCAUAUGAACCAGCAACCUCUGAACAUUUCGCUGGUUUCUCAAACAACACUGUCCUAGGUACAAUAAAUGGGAGAACAACACCACCUUCAGAUUUCUGUGGAUUUUCUGAUGAUGAGAUAUCCUUGUCAAUGAUACGGAAAACUCUCCACCCUCUCUACGGUCACUGCGAGGAUAUGUUUGAUGAGUGUGGUCAGACAGUAUGCACCAUUGGUAGCAAGUACCCUCACGAGCACAUAAUGAAGGUACAUAUGAUCAAAAAUGAAAGGAAAGUCCGUGUCCUAUCUCUUUUCGAUGGCGUUGGAAGCGGGCUGCUGGUUUUAAAGCACCAUUUGAACCUCGAUGUAGAUGUUUACUAUUCUGCUGAAAUUUGUGAGAACGCUCUGAUGGUGCAAAGCAAUAAAUUUUCUGGCGAAAUUGUGAUGUUAGGUGAUGUGAGGGGAUUGAAAGGUGAUCUACUGGAUGUGCUGGGAAGAGUUGAUUUGCUGAUUGGAGGGCCACCAUGUAGCCAGGUGUCAUCUGUGAAUGCAAAUAAAAAAGGGCUCUCUGAUCCCACAUCUGAAUCAUGUCUCUACAAGGAGUUCAUCCGAAUAAGGGACAUCAUGAUCCAAAAGGCAGCUGAGCAUGGACAUCUCUUCCUAUGGAUGAUGGAGAUGACAGCUCAUAUGGAACUUAAGGACUGGGAAACCAUGACUCGUGAUGUGGGGCAGAAACCUCUCAAGACAGAUGCAGGAUGGUAUCUGCCAGUGAAUAGGGAAAGACUGUUCUGGACCAAUGUUCCCCAGAUAGAGGAGCAGGAGAGUAGAACAAGUCCCAUUAAAAUUGAUGAACUGCUGUGCCCGGGCCGUAAGGCGAACUACUCCAGAUGCUCAACAAUUACAUCGAACCCCUCUAACCAAAUAAAGGGUGGCAUUGAACCAGUGUCUGGGAGGCAUGGCCAAGACAAUUAUUACAUUCUUGAAUUAGAAAGGCUCCAAGGUUUUCCUGACAACCAUACUGCUGUGGGAAAUUUAAGUAUAACCAAGAGGAGAAAGUUGAUCGGAAAGGCAUGGUGUAUUCCCCAAGUUGCUGGAAUCCUCCGCGUUUUGACAGAACUGUUUUCAGUUAAAUAAAAUUUUCUGCUCCUCCUCACGCGUUGAUUAAGGGAAAAAUACCUGUGACCUGACAAGUCACCAAUAUAGUCCCAUUUAGCAAAAACAAACUGUGAACGGGUCUCUCUAAGGCUCUGAUUGGUAGGUUCC